AUGUGCUACUACAUGCCCAAUAAACCCCCAUGCAUUUGCACCUACCUCCAGCUCAUCCAGCCCUGCCCACAAGUCCGCGUCUUCGCCGUACCGGGAAGCCCCACGCCCCUGAUCCAAGUCUGUCCUAUCCGGUACAUCGCCCGCGGCGUCGGACAGCGCUUCUGCGCGCUGUGCAGCCGGGCCGCGGGUUUCGGUGGUAGUACCUCGACCGCCCCGGUUGGGCUGGUGGGAUACCCAGAACAACAGGGAUUUGGGGGCUCGCAGUUGGAAUCGCCAUCUCAGCAGUCGCAGCAGCAGGUGACGCCUCUUGAUCCGUGUCUUGUCGGGGGAGGGAUUGCGAUUGGGGAUUUGUUGCUUCCGAUGGGGGAGAAGAGUACGGGUUCGUCAGAGGCUGCUGGGGAUGUGGGGAGAAGGGUCGAGGCGGGACCGAGCGGGCAGGGCUCUUAUUCUUCGGAGUUGUCGAUACAGUCGUUGCUGGUGCAGGCUGAGUCGGAAGUAGGGUUGGUUGCGGAUGGGAAUGUUGCGGCUGGUGCCGGGGGUGCGCAGGUUGAUGAAGUGCGGAUGGGUCAGGCUGCGCCAGUGGUGGAGGAAGAAGGAUCAAACGGGGGAAUGAGGAGGUGA